ACUCGGUACCGAUAAACCUCUCAAAUCAGACUGCCAGCUGACGGAACGCUACAUUUUUACAACUGAAUAACUGUCUUUUAAAAAGGGUGAAGAGAUUUUUCGGUAUGAUUCACGUUCAUUACAAGUUCUCGUUUAAACGGGACCAUGACACGGUGGUUCUGGACCAGCCGAACAUCACUCUGAAGGAGCUGAAGAAGCAGAUCAUGUGUAAGGAGAAGCUGAAGACCGGAGACCUCCAGAUCACAGAUGCUCAGAACAAUCAAGAGUACACAAAUGAUGAAGGCCUCAUCCCCAAAGGUUCUACUGUUAAUGUGAGGAGAAUUCCCAGUAGAGUCAAAUCAUUAGUCAGCAAAAGCAAAACCAUUGAACACAGGGAUACUCGAACCCACCAGCCUGCCCUUGAAGCCAUCAAAGCAACGCUUACUGAUGACAUGUCUGAAGUGGAAAAAAUCAAAGCUGUGAUUUUUCAGUCCUCUUAUGAUUCUUCACUUUAUAGGAAGUCCAGUCCUCCUCUUCCAGAACACUACACCUGUUACCGCUGUGGACGUGGUGGUCACCACAUUAGGAACUGUCCCACUAAUAUGGAUAAAAAUUACAACUCCCCUCUGCCACUUAAAAGGAGCUCGGGCAUCCCUCAGUCCUUUAUGAUAGAAGUGGAUGAUCCGACUAGAAAAGGAGCCAUGCUGACGAACAGGGGACGUUUUGCCAUACCCGCCAUUGAUGCGGAGGCGUACCACGUGGGGAAGAAGGAGAAGCCUUUGUUCCUUCAAAUGCAGCAACAGCAGCUCAAGCCAGAAAGCGAGGAGCCCCUUCCAAACGAGCUGCUUUGUCCCAUCUGUGAAGAGCUACUGAGUGACACAGUCAUCAUUCCCUGCUGCGGAAGCAACUACUGUGACGACUGUAUUCGAAAUGCCUUGCUGGAGUCAGAAGACCACAUCUGUCCUAAAUGUGGCAAGUCGGUCUCUCCAGACACCCUGACGGCAAACAAUUAUCUCAGACAGGUUGUGAAUAACUUUAUGAAUGAGAGGGGCUCCAUUAAAAGUAAGAGAGCACAAAGCACCUCCCCAUCCCAAAAUCUAACCUCAACACCAGAGCCUGUCCCAAAACUGCCCCCUAUCAGUGGAGAGAAGCAGACGCUCUGUAAACCCGCCCACAGCCAGCAGCCUGCUGACCAAGCAGUCGAGGCUCCUCCCACACUAACAGGCCCCAACUCUGAUUCCAGCACAACGUGCACAGACCUGGUGUGCCUACAGUUGCCUGACGAAGAUGUUGUAGUGAAGACGGACAACUCAACAUCUGAUGUUCCAACAAAUGCCACAACUGCUUCAGCAGCUUCUUUGAAACCAGCAGUUUCUGUGGCAGAUCAGCUCCCUUCGGUCAGUGGGAACCUGCAGUCAUCCUCUACAGGUCUACCCCUGAAACCGUCAGAACCUUCGGUUUUGUCCACCAGCAUGAACAGCGUUCCCUGGUACAGUGCGACUCCGCAGGGUGCGAGCAUCUACCCCCCCACAAGCCUCCAGGGGGGUCCCGCCCCUUCCCUCUGCUCUUCAACCACCUCCAUCCCAGCCCUCAUCCCCAAGGACUGGAACAUACUCGGCAGAAACAACAGGAAAUGGUCACCACAAAGAGACCCACUCCAGAGGAGCUCCCCUAUACGGUCUUUCUCCAAGUCUUAUUCUCAGUCCAGUAUCUUGAGAAGAUCCCGAUCCCGGUCCAGAUCCAGUUCAAGGUCCCAUUCAUCUUAUCAUAAUCACAGACGAGACCUGUCCACCCAGUCACAAAGCUACAACUCUUAUAGCUACGGUUACAGACGGACUUGGUCCCCUACACCUUCAUCAUUGACUUCAUCCCAAAUUGGUCAAGGUUCCAGGUCCAGGUCACCACUGGAUUGCCAUAAAAGCUAUUGCCACAGCAGCAAAAGGCCAUGUCGGACUAGCAACAAAAACUCACGAAGACAGCGGUCACCUUCACCGCAUCGUUCCAGAUCACCAAGAAGGUCGGCGUCAAAGUUGGACAGUUGUCAAUAUGAUCAGGGUCAAAGUCUGAAGCAAGAACAGUACCAGCAAUGGGAAAGGGAAUACAGAGAGUGGUACAAUGUAUACGUUCACAGUUACACUGGGAACUUACAAAACCAAGUUCCUCUCCUCCCCACCCCUCCUACAACUAACAGGCAGGAAGGAGGCACAUGUGGAAAUCCUUCAGCUUCCUGCUCAGGAGCCACGUGGACCAAAAAGCAUUCCACUCCAUCACAGUCUUCAUCCCAGUCCUCAAGCGACGGCUCUUCAACUCCACCCGGACGCAAAGCUCGGCCAGUCGUGUAUCAGCAGAAGGAAGAGGCGUCAUCGACUCGUAGUGUUGCGAACUUCACAAAUGACAGCAGAAAGCACAAGAAUAGACAGGGCACAGAAGAAAAAACCUGCAGUAGAAGUAAAGCCAAAGACGAAAAGGAAUUAGGAACCAGAAGGAGCAAAGAUCGUGACUCCAGACCUGAAAUGAAAAGACACCAUGACGAGGCAGUGAGGUCGAGCGACAACAGAGACAGAAGCCCCGGAAUGUCUAGAUCGGAGCGAAAGAAGAGUCUCAGUCAUAAGACUCAAUGCAGUGAGAACCUGAAGACUAAACGCACAGAUCAACAAGAAAAACUCAGAACCAAAUCCCCCAAAGAGUCUGAUGGAGAUAAGCAACAUCACAAGAAGAAAGUUCAGACUCAAGAGACAAUCAGCCUGGAGGAGAAAAAGUUGGAGCAUCAAAAACAAGAGCUGCACUCUGAGACAACUGGGAAGUCUGAGAAGACGAUUCAGGCUGACAUGAAUGUAGAAGAUAAAAUUAAUGAAAGGACAAAAACAAAGAGAGAAAAAAGUGUGAAAGUAAAACCAGAAGAAUGCACCAGUCGUGACCAGAGGGAGGCUUCGGUGGCCGCUGGAGGAGAGCGGAAAAGAGAUGGAGAAAAACAAAAGUUGAACUUGGGACUGAGUGCUUGUAGAGGAGGGCAGGAUGAGGAAAAGAUUAAAAAUCAGUGGAAGGAAGGAGAAAAAGCAGAAGAAGUGACGAGUGGUGAGAGGAGAGAGGAGGAAGAGGAGGUGGUGGUUAGGAAGUUAUUCCCAGCUUCCCUGAUGAAGAAGAGAGAUGCUGAAAGAAUAUGGAUGGAAAAAAGACAUUCUUAUUUCAUGCAGGAAUCAUGGAGAAAGAGCCACGAACAAACAGGAAGUGAGCGAUGUGCUGAGACAAGAAAGUGAAGCAAGCGGAAAAGAUGAUAUUCACUGAGAACAUUAAAAGGAGACUGUUUAUCCUUUUUCUGACA